UAUAAUUUACCCCUAUUACCGAUGUCGUAAACGACAACAAACUAUACGACACGACUGAAUCUGCAUUCCAUUUGUCGUUUUCAACUUUGUCAUUCGUUUCCUUUCGUAAACAAACUAAAUUUUGUUUUCAUUCUGCAUUCCGUUAGUCGAAAAUAAACGACGACUAUGAAGAAAAACGACUAUAUCUCUCGUUCAAAAUAAACUCUAAAAUCACUGUGUUCAUGAGAGCGACAAGCAAAUAAGCGAAUGAACGAACAAAUGAAAUUUUAUGUAUUUCCAAAACAAAUUUUUUAACAAAAACUUGCUUAAAUUUUAUCAAGGUUACUGAAGAUUAUACAUAUAUUAAAACUGGCGGUCAGAGAUCAACAAUAAAACCGUCUUGAAACCAACUUUUAUCAGGGAAGAAAACUCAAUCAUGUGCCAAUAAUUUUUUCUAGAUAUCAUCCAAUUAGGGUUUUCACACCUUAAACAUCCAAAUCAAAGAACCAUUCCAGAUACCAAUCAUUUUAUGAUAACACCCAGAUCCCCAAUAUUGCUGUGGGUCCUUAUUCUAUCAUGUGCAUUUUGCUUAAAAACAGUCAAUCAGCUUCAUUAAAAAAAAACCAAACUAAGAGUUAGAGGGUGGGUAAAAAAGAUGGCGGAAUGAAGGGGUUGGAGAAGUCAUGAAGAACAUUUUUGUACCUAAUAUUGUUUGGGCAUUUUAUCAGGGUAAAUUACACAAAGUUUGUUUAUCAAAAUGAUAAUCGCAAAAACGAAAAUCGAAAACGAGACCGUCUCUGAUUUGCUCUCAGUAACUCAAUCGUUCGUUUCGUUUGUCAUUAUAAAAUUGCAUACUUUAAGGCCCAACUAUAAUAGACAUAAUGCGCGCAUGGACAUAUGUCAAAAUCGAACUGUUUCUGAAAACAUAAGGAGUAGCCGAACAUACGCGCGCAUAGCCUUCUGUCACAAUUUACAUUUUUGUUUUCCAUAAUUUUUGUUAGAAAACCCGUUAAAUUUACACAAUUUACAUUUCAAACGAAAGGCAUCUCUUAUGUCACAUAAAAAAGCCGCCCACAUUGCGAGUGAUUCCGAAUCCGAGCAACAGUCCGAGUCCGAGCACGAACCUGAACUGUAUGCAGAAUCAUUUCCUCAAUCGAAGAAUACCUCUUCCAAGCUGAUAGAUGAAAGUACAGAAUCAAUUCCAAGCAUAUUGAUUUUGAAAUGCAAUCUCUGUCAUGAGUCUUUUGCCAACAUCAAUAAAUUGAAAGCUCAUCAAAACCAAUGCAAAACGAAAGAAAAAUUCCAUUGCAAAGUCUGCAAUAUUUUCCUUUCUUGUAAUGCUGCCUUACGAAAACAUGAACAAUCUAGACAACAUAAUUCUAUUCUAAACAAUCCAAACCGAGAGGAAAAUUGCAAAUACGUUUGUGUGUAUUGCGGUGAAAAAUUUCUUAUACAAAUCGCUUUGACUAAACACAAAAAAGUUCAUCUUAAUGAAAUGGCAGCCGGUCAACCGAAAUAUUUUUAUUGUAAAAUUUGCAAAACAUCGAGUACCAACAAAAAGUGUUCGGCCAAACAUAUUACAAUGCAGAUGAAUAAAAAGCCAUUCAUUUGUAAAAUAUGUGGAAUGGGAUAUACAUCAAAUAGUUAUCUUACGGUUCAUAUGAAACUACAUUCAGAUGAGAGACCUUUUAAGUGUAGCAUAUGUGGAACAACUUAUCGACACUUGAGGAGUCUGAGAAAACAUUUAUUCAGGCAUACUGGUCAGAGACCUUUCGAAUGUAAAUAUUGUGGUAGAACAUUUACUCUUAAGGAUCCCUUCAAUGAUCAUGUUAGACUAAAACAUACGGGGGAAACUCCGUAUGAGUGUGAGAUAUGUCAGAAAGCUUUCAAAACCUCUUAUUUGUUAAAUGUUCAUCGUCGAGGUGAGCACAAUAUUGAUACUAAUUGUAAGCGUAAGGUUAAAAUAAUUAGUAAAAAUUCAAAUUAAAUACAUAUAUAUAUUUUUUAUAAUGA